AUGGUUCAUCACAUGACGAAAAAAGCUUUGACACGCCUUCAACGUCGACAAAAUGCGGAACGAAUGCAAAGAGGAGGCGAAAUUGGCAGAGUCCGUCGCGCGGGUCAAUUUCUGUAUACCCCAGUGAGUUUUGCUUCAGAAUUUGAAUUCAUAGGCGAGAAUUUCGAGACAGAGAGUGUAGAAAAAAGGGAGAGUGUGGAGAGAUAGAGAAAUAUGUCUUCUUAAACUAAAAACAAUGUUUUUUCAGCCUCGUAAUGCUGGUGGGGCAACAUCGACGCUUGGCAAUCGCCAUUUCCGAAGAUAUACUUCUGGGGAAGAAGAGCCGAUGGACGUAGGAAGAAGUCCGGUCGCCGGACCAGUGGCCGAGCCGAAUUCGCCAAUUCAACCGCCGGUUCCUCAAGAUGCUGUUGUCGAUGGAGUUGGCGUUGUUCAACCGAAUGGAAAUGGUGUUGUUGGCGGCGAGAAUGUGGGAGUUGGUGGUGUAGCUGUGCCAGAUCGUCAGGAUGUUGUUCAGCCGGUGAAUCAAGGAAGAGUUGAUGAUGGAGGUCAAGUUGAUGGUCAAGGAGUAGUUGCGCCGGUUGGUCCAGCUGUUGGUGGUGGUGAUGCUUCGUCAUCAAGCGGCGAUGAGACAGCAGAAGAAGAGGCGAUUGCUGAAGCAAUCGCGAGAGAGGCUCGCCGACAAAGGCGCCGCAGACGUCGCGGUCAACCGCGUCGUCGCCGAGGGAAUUUCGAUUUCGAAAGAGUGAGUUUUUUCAAUAGCAACUCCAGACUUUGUAUUCAAAAUUGAUUUUUUUUCAGCCUGCUCUUUUGAUGGGCGACCCCCAUGAGGGGGAAGUCGUCAUUGACUUAUUUCUUCCUCCUGUUGAAGAUGAGACUCAGCGAGAAAGCGACAGUGAUGCCGCGUGA